AUGUACACCUACUCCAGAAAUGAAGACGCUCGAUCAGAGGAUGAAUCACUGGACACCUUGAUGGGGACCUUACCCAUUGUGUAUUUAAGUCAUGAAGGAAUAGUACAAGCAGUGGAGAAUUUUCAUAUAGUGGCACUGACCAAAGGGCCUGAUGGGGAGAUUGAGGAGUUCCAGUGCCCCAGAAAUUCAGUUUCGCGUCAAUCUCAACACACUCAAGAUUAUGAUGACUAUGUUCUCAAGCCGACAGCUGCACCAAAUGCUAGCUGUAUUGGGCAGCGUAUUGUUAUUGUGGGUUAUGGCCUGGUGCUCAGGGGCAAAGGGGGGUUGGUGAUAGAUGUCAUCAUCGAGGAAGGACUUGCAAUGGUCAUGGUCACAUUGGACGAUGAGCCUGAUGUUCCUCAAAUGUUUCUUCCUGGAGAGCUUACAAUAGAGGGACAGGGUGAACAGCUUGAUAUCAGGGAAACAUCGAAAGCCCUUGAACAGAUCAAAGGGCAUCUACUCAGAAACAAGAUCAGCACAGUCAGAGAUGUGAUUUGCGGCCAAGAUAGCAACAGCAGACUGCAUCUCAUCAUUGUGCUAGAGAUGUAUGACCCUGCAAUAACAAAUAAAGAGUCGAACCCACAACUGCUAGGCCAUGAAUUGUGCAUCAAAGUCAAUGGCAAAGCAAAAACUCUCAUCUUUCGUCAGGGCAGGAACAGCUCACAAGUGGAAUGCUACAUCUGUAAAGGCAAGAAAAAAAUAGAAGCAGUCUCUGCUGAGCUCAUAGAAGCCAUGCAUCCUGCCACUCCUCACAAUUAUAAACAUUGGAUUGUGAUCAAAGGACAGCACACUGGCAAAUAUGUCCACUCCAUUCGCUAUGAGAAAGGGGCAACACCGAAAAUGCCGAUUUGGUGGACAGUAGCCAUAGUCACUCCUGUGGAGGGCCAGGUAGAUGAGCAGACAGGAGAGGAACUGCACCUAGAAUCCACAGAUCUAUGCCUGGAGAAAGAAAGCAAGUCUUCCAGGGAAACCAACAUGCUGUUCAGCCAAAAGCUAUAG